CUCUCUCUCUCUCUCUACUCCCUCUCUCACACCCGUCCUGCAGUCCUGCUCAGCAAGGAAGGAGAUAGGGAUCACCGCCAACUCGUUUGUGCGUGCAACUCGGCUCCUGCUUUUCCAAGACCCCUGCCGCAGUCUCACAAUAGAAUCACCGCCAUUUCCGAAUCCCUUCCAGAGCUCAGCUGCCAAGUGCCGGUCACAGAUGAAGAGGCAAUCCAAGAGGCCCACCGCCAGCCGUGACUCCCCAGAAACGGGUACAGUGGACAAGCAGCUGGCGCUCGCGGAGUCCCUAACGGCGCGGAAGACGGAGCCCGACGAGCUGGGGGAGAAGAAGCGGCGCCUGGCGCCGGACCAGGUGCGCGCGCUGGAGCGCUGCUUCGAGGCGGACAACAGGCUGGACCCGGACCGCAAGGCCCGCGUCGCGCGCGACCUCGCGCUGAACCCGCGCCAGGUCGCCGUCUGGUUCCAGAACCGCCGCGCGCGCUGGAAGGCCAAGGCCCUCCACCGCGACUUCGCGGCGCUGCGCGCGCGCCACGACGCGCUCCGCCGCGACAAGGACGCCCUCGCCGCCGAGAUAAGGGAGCUGAGGCAGAAGCUGGCAGAGCCCGCGGCUGUGAAGACGGAGGCGACGGGCAGUGACACGGCGGAGGCGCGCCCGACGACGACGACGACGGCCGGCGCGCCGGCACCGCCCGCGGGGGGCUGCAAGGACGGCUCGUCGGACAGCGACUCGAGCGUGGUCCUCAACGACGACGUGGACGCGUCGCCGUACUCCGGCGCGGCGUUCGAGCAGCCGGGCGCCUUCGCCGGGUUCGGUGCGCCGUUCUUGGCCGCAUCGGCGGCGGCGGCGCCGCCACCGACGGGCUGCUCGUCUCCCCCCGUGUUCGAGACCAAGUGGCAGCACGGGCCGACGACGUACGCUUUCGAAUCGUACAAGAGCUGCUGCGCCGGAUACGGCUUCACGGAGGAAUGGCUCGCCAGCUCGGACGUCGUCGGCAGCGACGGCGCGGCCGGCUUCUUCUCGGAGGAUCACGCCUCCAGCCUCAACUUUAGCUGGUGUGCGAGUGGCGCCCAGGACUGGGAGUGAGCGAGGUUUUUGGUCUCUGCACGGUUACUGUAAAGACACCAUAUCUUAUGAGCAAGGAGCCCUGCUGCUCCCAUGAGCAAAAUCAAUUCAGACCACACCCUCCAUAUCCAACGGUGCUGCGUCAGGGGGGUUUUUGUAAAAUGUACAGAGUUACAAAGAACAUUUUACAAAACCCCCUGACACAGCACCGUUGGAUGUGGAGGGUGUGGUCUGGAUUGAUUUUGCUCAUGGGAGCACCAACGCUCCUUGCGCACAAGAUACGUUCUCUACUGUAAAACCAAUGUUACGGCUGCAUUGUACAUUGGGCUCGUUUCCACAACAAGGCGCCUGCACUAGCUAGUAGCUAGUGGCCAACGCGGCAAAGCGAGCGGACAUCCAUCGCACGGCGGGAAAAGAGGAUUAGUUAUGUCCAAACGGGCUACAAGGGAUGGCUAAGCAGAGCCUCAUCAGACACGUCGGUCUUGCAGUACCGCGCCAAUGUGAUCAGGUUGAGAUUCAGCCACGACACCACGGAGUUGUCGAGCCCGACACACUAUGUCCUCUAAACAACUUUUUUUCUAAACAGCUUUUCUGCAAAUCUGGAUUC